UUCCUGAGCGACUCGCUGUAAAUAUUAACAAAGUCUGGCCUGGCCGCUGGGCCGGGGGGUGUGUUUACGGGAAGGAGGGGAGGGGUGGGAGAUUCCCAACACGGAGGCGAAAAUCCCUUGGCACCGGCUUCUGCUGGUGCAGGGGGGCGGGGAGCCGGCCGAGAGGGCGCGUGGCCCUGGGGGCCGCGGCUGGCACAGCUGGCGGGAGGGACGUGGACACUUCUGGAAGAAAGGCAGCUCCCGCCAGCCGCACCUGGGCAACUCGGAGGACGCAGAUUUCUUCUCAUGCAGCUGUGAUGUUACUACAGCAAACAGUGAACCUGUGCGGGCAUCUCGAGCAGUUACAGACGGAAGCUUUUAUUCCUUUGACCCAAAAAAUGGCUCUUUGAUUCAUCUCGUCCUUGGUCAACUUGUCUGGCCACAGAGAACGUCCACGCGCCACCGCUGACUUCGUCUGCACUGCGUGGUUUCGCAUACUCCAUCCAGUCGUGUGCCCACUGGGGACUCCACGGCUCGGCCGGUGAGGAGGCAGGGAGUGGGUGAGGAGGACUCCUUUUUGGACAGACAAGGCCAGGAGGUGAAGCAGGAAUAACCCAUCCCUCACCCCCGCCCCCACAUCCCUGCGAGAAAACCUCUCUGCAAACAGGGGCAGCCAAGCAGGACCGAGCCCCCGCCCCCAAGCAUCUUCCCAAAGAGGGGCCGGUGGGGCCUGACAGCUCGGCAGCGCAUGUCACAGCUCAGCCCGCCGUGUGCAUCUGAACUCCUCCGCGGGUAAUGGACUCCCGCCCGCCCCGGGAGACGGAGACGCAGCCCGAGUGGCAGGAGCGCCGCGUCUUUGGAGAGUGGCUCCUUCUCCUCUCUGUCUCAGCAGAGCGCUCCCUGCACGGGAACCCAUUCUGCCAAGUGACUUAAAAGGGAUUAAAAAAUAAAAAAAGACCUUGGUAAAGAAAAGGGGGUAAAAGCCACGCAGAAGCCUUUUGGAGGAGGUGGUGGCCAGCAAGACAAAGAGCACAAGUAGAAAGAGGCAGCAAGAGGCCGCCCGCCCGCCCCGAUGGGCGCCGGGCCGUAGGGCAUGCCUGGGGCGCAGGGGCCCAGGACACCCGCAGGCCGUGCACGGGAGUCGGGGCUCCGCCGGGGAGAGGCCCGCAGUGCCCGGGGCCCAGGCCGUGCAGAAUGCUGCUCUGGACCCACAGCCCCGCCUGACCUCGAGGAGCCCAGAAGAGUCCAGCACAGGGCCUCCUCCUGCACGCCGGGCUGCCCCCAGCGCCCCAGGUCUGCGGUCUGCACCCCGAGUGCCAGGGCUGAGGCCGGAAUGUGAGCGUGGCCCAGGCCCACCUGGACCCAAGCACAGCAUCCAGAGCGGCAUCCAGAGCGGCCAUCCCAGCCAGACCAGCGGCUCAGCGAGGGAGGUGUUGAGGCCCCAAGUCAGGUGAGGCCCGGUUCCCCCCGCCAUCCACCAUGGUGGUGGCACACCCCACUACCUCCGCCACCACCACUCCCGCUGCCACGGUGACGGCCACUGUCGUGAUGACCACGGCCACCAUGGACCUGCGCGACUGGCUGUUCCUCUGCUACGGGCUCAUCGCCUUCCUGACCGAGGUCAUCGACAGCACCACCUGCCCCUCCGUGUGCCGCUGCGACAACGGCUUCAUCUACUGCAACGACCGGGGGCUCACCUCCAUCCCCGCCGACAUCCCCGACGACGCCACCACCCUCUACCUGCAGAACAACCAGAUCACCAACGCCGGCAUCCCCCAGGGCCUCAAGACCAAGGUCAGCGUGCAGGUCAUCUACCUGUACGACAACGCCCUGGACGAGUUCCCCGUCAACCUGCCCCGCUCCCUGCGGGAGCUGCACCUGCAGGACAACAACGUGCGCGCCAUCGCCAGGGACUCGCUGGCCCGCAUCCCGCUGCUGGAGAAGCUGCACCUGGACGACAACUCCGUGUCCACCGUCAGCAUCGAGGAGGACGCCUUCGCCGACAGCAAGCAGCUCAGGCUGCUCUUCCUGAGCCGGAACCACCUGAGCAGCAUCCCCUCGGGGCUGCCCCGCACGCUGGAGGAGCUGCGGCUGGACGACAACCGCAUCUCCACCAUCCCGCUGCACGCCUUCAAGGGCCUCCACAGCCUCCGGCGCCUGGUGCUCGACGGCAACCUGCUGGCCAACCAGCGCAUCGCCGACGACACCUUCAGCCGCCUGCAGAACCUCACCGAGCUCUCGCUGGUGCGCAACUCGCUGGCCGCCCCGCCCCUCAACCUGCCCAGCGCCCACCUGCAGAAGCUCUACCUGCAGGACAACGCCAUCAGCCACAUCCCCUACAACACGCUGGCCAAGAUGCGCGAGCUGGAGCGCCUGGACCUGUCCAACAACAACCUCACCACGCUGCCCCGCGGCCUGUUCGACGACCUGGAGAACCUGGCCCAGCUGCUGCUCCGCAACAACCCCUGGUUCUGCGGCUGCAACCUCAUGUGGCUGCGGGACUGGGUGAAGGCGCGGGCGGCCGUGGUCAAUGUGCGCGGCCUCAUGUGCCAGGGCCCCGAGAAGGUCCGGGGCAUGGCCAUCAAAGACAUCACCAGCGAGAUGGACGAGUGCUUCGAGGUGGGGCCACAAGGCGGCGCGGCCCAUGCGGCCGCCAAGACCACCGCCAGCAACCACGCCUCUGCUACCACACCCCAGGGCUCCCUCUUCACCCUCAAGGCCAAGAGGCCGGGGCUGCGCCUUCCCGACUCCAACCUUGACUACCCCAUGGCCACGGGCGAUGGCGCCAAGACCCUGGUCAUCCACGUGAAGCCCCUGACAGCGGACUCCAUCCGUAUCACGUGGAAGGCCACGCUCCCUGCCUCCUCCUUCCGGCUCAGCUGGCUGCGCCUGGGCCACAGCCCGGCCGUGGGCUCCAUCACAGAGACCCUGGUGCAGGGGGACAAGACAGAGUACCUGCUGACGGCCCUGGAGCCCAAGUCCACCUAUAUCAUCUGCAUGGUCACCAUGGAGACGGGCAACACCUACGUGGCCGAUGAGACGCCCGUGUGCGCCAAGGCGGAGACAGCCGACAGCUACGGCCCCACCACCACACUCAACCAGGAGCAGAAUGCCAACCCCAUGGUCGGCCUGCCCCUGGCGGGCAUCAUUGGGGGCGCUGUGGCCCUCGUGUUGCUCUUCCUGGUCCUGGGGGCCAUCUGCUGGUACGUGAACCGGGCCGGGGACCUCCUGACCCGGGAGCGGGCCUACCACCGAGGCAGCCAGAAAAAGGACAGCUAUCUGGAGUCGGGGACCAAGAAGGAUAACUCCAUCCUGGAACUCCGAGGCCCGGGGCUGCAGAUGCUGCCCAUUAACCCUUACCAUGCCAAAGAGGAGUACGUGGUCCACACCAUCUUCCCCUCCAACGGCAGCAGCCUCUGCAAGGGCACGCACACCAUCGGCUACGGCACCACCCGGGGCUACCGUGGCGGCGGCAUCCCCGACGUAGACUAUUCCUACACAUGAUGCCCGCCGGGCCGCCCGCCCCCGCUCCCACCUCCUCCUGGCGCGGCGACCCCGUGGCUUUGCCCCGCUUGCUGCCAUCCGACACAGCAAGGAGAAGAAACUCCACGGCGACUUUCCCAGCAAAAAGCAGCGUUGGGGGAGGGCUGACACUUUUCUAGAACACAGCCGAGAAAACAAGUUUUUUUAAGGACAGAAGACGGGAGGGGGGUGGGUUGACGUUGCUGAAGACAUAAUUUAUACCAAAUUAUGCCAGUUGGGGAGGGAAGGACUAAAAAUAAUAUUGCAGGAAGGGUUGGGCCAGGGUGUUUUCCCCUGAAGUGGAAAGAUACUACCUGUACCGAGUCUGUGCGCGCCUCCUGCCCUGUUCAGGGCCGUCACGAGGGGACCGUCGGAGAGAAGCCGCCGUGGGACACAGAGGCCCCCGCGCAGCGCUCGCUGCCAGCCGCUCCCCGGCAGCCACGAGAUGGGCAAGGCUCGGGCCUCUCACCAAGGAGAGCGGGAGGAAGAGCUUUUCUUCAGUCUCUCCCCGGUUCUCCCCCUACCAUUUCCCUCGCAGAUCUCCAGAAAUAUCGCGUCUUUUACUGCGUUCUUUGAACAAUGAUGUAACCGAUUAAAAACUAAAGUCCCUUUUUCCUACCGGAACCCUCUCCACUUCCAUGGACCACACGCUGUGGAAGCCCUCCGGAAGCUGCGGCCUUCCCGGCCACUUGGAAUCGCGUCUAUCCACCCAUCGCGAGGUUGCGUCUCUGAACUCGGACGGGUCGAUAGAGCCGCGGAGACGGUCCUGACCCCGCUUCUUGGGUCGGUUCGUACCAUUUCUUGAGACAAUAGAGUCAUGAACAUGUUGCUUUCCCCUAACGAUCAUUGAGUAAGUAGACACGGUGUGUUGGGGAUCGGAGUGGGGUGGGGGGACAAUGCCGUUCCUAAAGGCAGAGGCGUGUCUGUUCUGGGCGGGUGGCUGGGGGGACCCUGGGCAAGGGAUGCUUCCAGUUUGAUCCUAUCUCAGGUUGCCCAGAGCUGGGCCAUGCUCCUUUCUGCUAUAGAGAAACUUCCUUUAACUGCCAGUAUCUUCAUCCCCCCCGCUCCCCCCCCCACACACACACACAUGCAGUCACCUCAGUACUCCUUCUCUGUGCUCUGCUUCCUCCUGGGACAGGUAGCUGGUGCAGGGAUGGGUUCUGUGUGUUUUUUUACAUCAGCUGAUUAGACUUAAUGGUUUCCAUGGCUGCUCAAACAACACCCAGAAAAAGACAUGAAGAUUCUCAGAAAAACCCCCGGGGAAAACUCCUGAGUGCAAAACACUCAGCUGGACUGUUCCAGAGGCGGAGGCCCAGGUCUCCCGAGAAACAAGCCGGCCCCCAAAAGGGCACUGACCGGGGCCCUCCCAGAGUUAAGGCUGAUGGUCUCCCCCCGGAAGCAGCGUGGCCGUCAUUUAUCAGCUGGCGGUGCAGCGUGGCGAGCCGUGAGACGAAAAUGACGAAAUAACGACACAAACCCGGACGGAAGAGCGGACGGGCGCUCAGGGCUCGGCUCGCCCUGCAUCCCUGCUCUCGGGAACGGGGUCGCCCUCCGUCAGCAUGCCACGUGCCCUGCACCGGCAGAGCAGUGUCAGAGGAGCGGCGAUGGCCGGAGGGCAGGGAGGAUGAGAAGGGGUCCAGCUGCUGGUGGCGGCGUUUUCAAAAGGCCUCAGCUGCUCUGACAAAAGCCAAAAGCAGGAGGGCGAGACUGAACAGCGGUCCCAGGGCCUGGGCUGACUGCUGGAUGGACAUGAAAAGAUGCUGCUGGCCCUUCAGGGAAGGGGGUGGGCAGGAACGGACACGAGACCUGAGAUGGAGGAGAGACGCAGCCGGGCUCGCCGUGGCCUGGCCGACAGAAGGGUCCCACCAAGUGGGGCUCCCCGCUCCCCAGCCCCAGGGACGGGCCGAGGGGCAGGGACACCUUGCAUUUGAAAACAAACCUUUUUCCCUUUUCCUGUUUUCUCAGUGUCAGGAGAGAGAUUUUCCAAGCCUUAAUUCCACGUGUGUAUAAAGGUGGCCUCCCUUUGGCCUGUGGGGCCUCCAGACACAGGCUCGUCCCCAUUCCCGGCAGCACGGAGGGGCAGAGGGGCGCCGGGGUGUGGCUGGGAGGAGAGGGUGCGCGCAGGGGUGGGGAGCUGGCUGGAGGGCAGGCGUCCAUGGUCUCUGCUGUUUCUGAAGUGAGGUCCCCUCCCUCAAGGCACCACUCCUGCCUUCCGCCAGUGUCCCAGGAAAGUUGGUCCCUGGACACCCCACUGUCAGCCCCCAGGCCCCCACUGCCCACGUGCUCAUUCCCCCCUCCCACUCGAGGCCCUCCCUCCUCCUCUCGCCAGGCCAGGCGGAGGUCCGGUCAUCCCUCCGAGGCUGGGAAGGCACCGGGGGCAGUAGGGGGCUCAGUCCGUGGGGCUGCGUGUAAGGGAGGGGGGCCUUGCAGGCCUGGAACCAGCCUGUGCGGAACAUUCCCCCCAGAGCAUUAAGCAGGCCUGGCCCCGCCCAGCCCCAGGACAGAGUCCCGCUCCUACUCCGGCUCUUGCACGACCAGCGCUCAGGCAGGGCUCACACGGGGGCUCAGAGCCCAGGUCCUGCCUGACUCGCCGCGCAUCGUCCCACCCCUGUAGGCGCAGAAGUUCGUGGAGACCUGGCCCAGCCAGCGCCCUGGGGCCCGCCCUCAUCUUUUCUGCCCUAAGCACCCCAACAUCUUCCCAGCGUUCUGUCUGAGAGCGGGACCGGGAUGUCUGCUGCCUCACAUCCCCCCAAGCCAGGGAGGGGCCUAAAGCCAGGUCCACUCUGAAACCCCACUCCCUCCCGAUCCAACUCCCCCGCAGCUGGCCACAUAACCACGAGAGGGAGGAUGUUCCAGGGCCCCCACCCCACCCCCCUGGACGCAUGUGAGGACACAGGGCCCGUGAAGACAAGCCGGGACCUGGGCCACCACUUCUGUCUAGAAUCUGCCUUCGGUGGGUGGCCCGCCGGACCCUGGCAGCCUCUAACCAGCCAGGGCAACCUUGCUGGCCUCGGCGGGGAUGAGUGCAUUUUGUGGCAUUUAAAGCAGGUUUAAAGCAAAAAAAAAAAAAAGCCCACGACAUUUCUUUGGUUGGUUAAGUGGUUUACCCUUCGUGGUAAUUAGAUGUAGUGAUUGGACUCUCUUUUCUAUUACAUGGCAAUUUUCCUUUAAAUUUCCCCUUUAAAAAAAAAAAAAAAAAAGGAAGGAGAGCAGGGAAGGAGAGGCGGCAGCAGGGCCAGGCGAGCCAUUUGCAUUUUGCGAAUGAGGCCUCUAAGCUCAGCUCAGGCGUUGGGCCCAAUGUAUGGAAUGCUUCAGAGAUGACUAAGAAUAAAAUCUAUUAAUUAGUUAUACUCGGCUCCACAGACAUGACGUGCAUCAAAAGCUCCUUUUCUUCCCCGUUCUCCGUCCCUCUUCCUGUGGCCUCCUGAGGAAGCCUCCAUCUUCUCCUUGAAAUUGGCUCCGGCUUCCUGGACCGCCUCCAUGGUAACAGGCCGGUGGCUAACCAGGGGGCGACCCCGCCAGGAGCUGGGGCAGUGGCUUCUCGCUCUGGGUGAUGCUGGCAGAGGAGGUGACAGCAGCUGGGAAGAUGGCAGUGGCUGGGGGGCCCAGGCUUCCCCACCCAAAGCCUGAAUGAAGGCCAUGCCUGCCUUGUGCCUCUCCUCCCUCCCUUGACGGGUCCAGGGAAGCCCACCAGCCCCAACAAGGGGAGCCCAAGGCCAGGCAGAGAGGGAGGAGGGGCUGGGGGGCCCCCAGAGAGCUACGGGGAAAGUGUGCUUUGCAAAUCCACAGCUUCUGUUUCCCCCUGGCAAGUGGGGGUGGGCUGAGGUGGCGCCUGGCUGCACCCAGUAAGCUGGGUGCUCCAGAGACCACCUCCCUCCGCGCAUCCUGGAACCAGUUGGUCCCAUACAGGUGACGGAGGACCAGAGAGGAGGGACAGCCAGGUGAGGGACGCCCGUGGGUCUGAGCAGGCUGAUCGGAGCCUGGAGACAGGGCUGGGCAGCGCGCCUGGGGCUGCAUCCAAGCCUUCCUCCUCACCCCCUGGGAGCUGGGGACCGAGGGGAGGGCGCCCUGCCCCCCAGAAAAUGGCAGCACGAGUCCCAAAUGGCAGCACGCCACUCCAGAAACCUGCGUCUGCUGAAUGCACCAGGGAGGAGGACUGGGCACCUGAGGCUGAUGCUGAUGAAAAAUACAAGGAAAAUUGGAUGCGGCGGACAGGGCGCGAUGGGGCUGGGGCACCUGCUGGAAGGAGGGGCCUCGGGGUGCACGGCAGUCUGUGCCCCCCAGGACCAGACCGAGCUCUCGGGGCCAGGACGUGGCCAGGGUCAGCUGUGGGCGUCCCAUGAGCCCAGGUCCCCUCCUGCGUUCAAUCGGCGCAGGUGAUGGGCAACAGACACCUGGCGCUGGAUCGCUGCCAGGCUGAGUGCUAACAAGCCAUUCACAGCCUUCCAGAAUGCGGGCUGAGAAGCAUCCUUCUUUCCUGAGGAGGGAUGAAAGGCUCAAAAAUGCAAAUCAUUACCAUUUACAACCAAGCGAGUCUGCUAAAUUGAUUAGGAAAGAUUAAACUCCUUGGAGGUGAAGGAAAAGGGGAUUUUUCGAGUUUUAUGAACCUGCCCCCAGUGACCAUGCGUGUAGCAGGGAUUUGACAAGCCGGGCUCAGGGGCUGCCUCUUUGCAGCUGCUGGGGGAGCUGAAGGCCGACACCACCCAGGCCAGAGCGCUCGGCGUGCCCGGGGUUGAUGAAGCUGAGGCUCAAGCAUUGCCCUCAGAGAAACCACGUCUGCCUCCAUCCGGGGCCUUGUGCUCUGGCUCUGAGACAGGGUGGGCUACUCGGCCCUGACAACAGUCAUUCAGAAGCUGUCCCAGCCCCCAGCAGAGCCUCUCCCCCAGCCCUCCAGAUUCUGUCCGCCCGCAGCGGUCCAAAGUGAGGGGAAGUGGCCAGGCCAGUCACUUAGAGAGUAGGACUCGAGCCAUGAGCUUUUCUGCUUCUUUCUGUUCCAGGAUGGGUGUGUCUCUGAUCCAUCCGUUCCCUGCAGUCAGUGGAAGGGGCGUGGGGCCAACUGUAAAGGGAAAAGUGAAGGCAGGGAAGAGAAACUGGCCUAGCAGAGGAAUCAGGCAGUGAGCUGUCCGUCACAGGGAGCAUUCAAGUACUUGAUGAGGCUAUGGCAGGGAUUUUCCUGGUUCUUGGACUAGAAGGUCCUGGUCCCCCCGCCCUUUACGUUAUCAUCCCCAGGACCCUGAAAGGGAGACAUGGAGAGGAUGACUGUGCUGCUCCGAAUGACCGGUGUCCUCUGAAAACCCCAGAUCAAGGCCAUCCCCCAGCCCCUCAAAGAGCUGCCUGUGCUACAAAAGAGAGGCCACGAAAUUCCCACCCUCGGUGUCCCCUGGGAGAGGAAGCACAGACAUCACCACUCCAUCCAGGAGUCUGGGCAAGGGGUUCAGAGGGUGGCCCACCCCUGGGCUGGCUCACCUAGGGCCGCUGGGGGCCACCUCCCAGCCUCGGCUCCGGUCCCAGCUGCCUCCUGGACCUGCUCGCACUGCCAGGGCCCCUGCCACGCCGAGCUCCCCCCACCGUUCCACCGGCUGUUUUCCUAACUCAACACCCUCAGCGCUGCUGGCUCGGUACAUCCAUCCCAGCCAGGUUGACGGCUGCCUGGGGCACCGUUCACUCUGCCUUUUAAGCAGUUACCAUUUCUUUUGAAAUGUUCCAAGUACUUGCCUGGAAAAUCCACGUUUGCUUCUUUAAAAACACUCACAGAAAGGUCCCCAGGCUCUGGAUUCCUCCUCCCUCUACCUUCUUUUCCGUUUGCAUUUUUAACACAGUGUCUGUCUCUGGUUUCCUAAGUUCCAUUAUGGCUGCGGUCAGGCCCACUUUCCCACCAUAAAUGGGAUUUGCAGGCGCCCCGACCCCCGAGGCCACAGGGGCCAAGCGGCCUGUUCUCCCCUGGGCAGACUUUCAGCCCCGGGGCAGCUCCUGCCCUGCUUCCCGCUGGACAGGGGUCACCCCCUCCACCCUUCCGGGGCCUUGUGCUACCGAGGUGCCCUGCUUGUGCCGGGCGGGCAGUGGGCAAGCUGCGGGGGCUCACCCCCACUUCCUAGCAGAGUCAGCCCGAGGCCCCGCAGUCAUCCGAGCGAGCAGGGCACCCUGAGCCCUGUCCUUGCGCACCCACCCUCGCCGUCCCCCACACCUGAAAGCUGGAAACGCUGAGCCCGGGAGUCCUUGCAGGAAGGUCUUCGCUGUCACCGCCCCUAAAUCUCUUUUACAGCUGUCAGGGCGGACGGCUGCUCGGGCAGGGUGCCAGGCCCCUGAGCUCGUCCGUGUCGGGUCACUGAGCCCAGCACAGCGCCUGGCACACGGCUGCUCCGUCAUCUCUUCCCCAACCCGCCUCUCGCUUCCUGGUCCUGCUGACGCCUGCCCCUCAGGCUCCGCGCAAAGGGCCCAGGCGUGUUAGCAACCCCCCCCCACCCCCCAAUCUGGCACCUGCCCCUGGCAGCCUAGUACUCGAGGGGCCUCUCGGGGCUCCUCCUCUCUAAAGCAUCUCACUCCGCUCUCCCUCAGACCCACCGAUCACCAGCUGCGAGUCUGACGGGAAACCCAGCCACUGGGCGGCGUUUGCAGGCAGCCUGGCUGGCUCGGUUACCCCUCUCUGAGCCGAGCCCCAGGCAGAGGACUGGGUGUCCCACCUGUGUGACCCUCCCAUCAAGAGCUCCCACACCCUGCGCCACCCCCUGGAGGAACUAACCGAGCUUUCUCCUCAAGACGGAGAAAAACAAAGGCAGCACGAGCUGACAAAGCCACAGCGACGGGCUGCCACACGCUCGUCUCCCUGGAGCUGGCGGUCCCGGGCGCCGCUCACCUGCCCUGCGCAGGGGACAUGCCUGCAGAGUCCCAGCGACCACCCACCUCUGGCUGGUCCUGUUUCCGAAAGUUCUGGCUACCCGGCGAAAGAUACAAAACUCUGAAACUAGCCUUAGUUUUUCUUUUU